AUGGGACAACGAAAUUUGGGAGCCGCGGUGGAGAACCUACGAGUCAGAACAAACACCGGGACUUGCAAUUGGGAUUUUCGCCGGCGGAUUUCUCUUGUUAUCGCACCGCCCUCGCUGUUUCCGCUGGGAACCCGGAAGUCCCUCCCCAAUACCGGAAGUCCAGCGGCCUUGCUUCCUCAGAUUUUCCCCCCACCCCGACUCGGAGAAGAUUGGUUUCCGGGCCCGGGUGGGAGCCGGUUGUGCUCUCCCUGUGCUCCGGAGCGGUGUCCCGGAAGCACUGUGGUCCCGGACGCCGGCGCUGGGAGCUCGGGCUGCGGCCGCGCCAGGAGAGCGCCGAUUUGGACGCGAGGCCCGUGCGGGGCCAUGAACGGGACCGCGAACCCGCUGCUGGACCGCGAGGAGCAUUGCCUGCGGCUCGGGGAGAGCUUUGAGAAGCGACCGCGGGCCUCCUUCCACACCAUUCGUUAUGAUUUUAAGCCAGCAUCUAUAGACACAUCCUGUGAAGGAGAGCUUCAGGUUGGCAAAGGAGAUGAAGUCACAAUUACUCUGCCACAUAUUCCUGGAUCCACACCGCCAAUGACUGUGUUCAAGGGGAACAAACGGCCUUAUCAGAAGGACUGUGUGCUUAUUAUUAAUCAUGACACUGGUGAAUAUGUGCUGGAGAAGCUCAGUAGCAGCAUUCAGGUCAAGAAAACGAGAGCUGAGGGGAGCAGUAAAAUCCAGGCCCGAAUGGAACAGCAGCCCACCCGUCCCUCACAGCCAUCGCAGCCACCACCACCACCACCACCACCCAUGCCAUUCAGAGCUCCAACAAAGCCUCCAGUUGGACCCAAAACUUCUCCCGUAAAGGAUAACCCCUCACCUGAACCUCAGCUGGAUGACAUCAAAAGAGAGCUGAGGGCUGAAGUGGACAUCAUCGAGCAGAUGAGCAGCAGCAGUGGAAGCAGCUCCUCAGACUCAGAGAGCUCCUCAGGAAGUGACGAUGACAGCUCCAGCAGUGGAGGCGAGGACAAUGGCCCAGCCUCUCCUCCACAGCCUUCCCACCAGCAGCCCUACAACAGCAGGCCUGCCAUUGCCAAUGGAACCAGCCGGCCACAAGGAAGCGCCCAGCUCAUGAACACACUCAGAAAUGACUUGCAGUUGAGUGAGUCUGGCAGUGACAGUGAUGACUAGCACUGGAUCUUUCGAAAUCUACUUUCUGGUGCAUAAACAUGCUGUGAGCCCAGGCUGCUUUCACACAGAGUCCAUCGCCAUGAGGAGGAAGUUGUGGGUCAGCCUGUAGUAGGAGUGGGAGGUUCUGGGGCUCUCAGAUGCUCAAGUCUUUACUUGGUGGUGAUGGGUGAUUUUCUCAUGUAAUUUUGGAACAGUCGCGUAUGUCAAAGCUUAAGUAGAUCUACAGAAGAACUAACAGAAUUAUAUUUCUAUUUGGUUAACAUUGCUAAUCAAAAGCAGACAGAUGUGCCCUGGCCUAGGUUCCUAGAAUACCAUGUCUUCAUCAGGACAGUGAUUUAGUUUUAAGCCUCAGCAGCCAUCACUGGCCAGGUGAUCUGAAUCAGUGAAAUGAAGCAGUCUUUGAGAGGUAAGGACAGAGGGGAACCUCAUCUCCUCUCAGAAAUAGGCUAAAACCACUUUAAAUUGGUAAUGACAAGCCCAUGUGAAAAGAGACUUCAGUGGGGUCCUUGAGUCAGCUGGGUGGGACCUGGAGAUCUGCUAGCGCAACCCCUCAUUAUAAACUAAGAAAGGAAAGCACACUGCUGGUUCAGGGUCGGUCUGCUGCCCCAGUCCAGGCUCUUCUCACUGCUCUUCCCUUGAAUUUUGCCAGUUGGGAUCAGAGGUUCUUACACAUGGAACUUUUAGAUGUAUAUCAGCACUUUUAUUGGGUUCCAAAAGAUAAGUGUUGGGGUACUUCUGCCUUGAGUUCAGGUCCAGACAGUCCCUACCUAUACAAGGCUGAAUGAGCAGAUUAAAGCAGCAGCCACCUGGCUGGCUUUCAGUUCCAUGUGGAUCCAUUCUGGGCAUUCUUCAGUGGAUUUCAGCAGUGGGGUAGGAGUGGAAGAGAAGUAUAGUAAAGAAACCUUUCUGAACAAAUGAGCCAGCAGCAAGUUUCAAAAAUGAAACCUAGAUAGGAGUUCUUCAGUAUGUAAUGAGCACAUUCUUUGACAAGGUUUUUCUGUUUAUGCUUUUGUACCACUGUUUGUGCCUGACUCCCAGACUGAUGUGUAUUUUUAUACAAAACUAGAGGAAAGUCACAAGAUUGCCUUCUACAGUGUGCAGUUUCCAAAUGAGUCUUUUUUCUGGAAGCUGGUCACUAGUAAAUGCUUUGUAUUGAAUGAGUGUGUGCUAAGCCAUCCUAUGAUUUAUAUGGAACCUCUCAUUUCUGUAGUGUGUAUGUCCUAGGAAAUUUCUAUCUACUUGGGUUCCAUGGACACCAAGACAUUAAUAAUGAUUUUCCUUUCUUGGGUGCCUCCAUUUAUGUGGCCUCUUCCUCCUGAGCUACUGGAGGAAAGUCGUCUGGACCUAGAAGGGAAAUGGACGGUCCAUAUGGGGGCUUUGAUUAAAGUUGUACCAUGUCAGUCAACAUUUCAUCAUAGUUACUCCAGUGAGCUGGAGAAGAGACAAGGAGCCAUUGUCCAGUGGUCUACCCCCUCUGGUCUGCCCUAGUGCAGGUGAUAGGAAUGUGCUAGUUAGUACCUUGGGUGGAAUCUGCCCAUAGUGAGGGCUCACUGGAUUUAGUGGCAGGUAGGAACUUAUUUAUAGUGAACUGAUAAUUGCUUUAUAAUUCCUUGUUAACGACAGCUCAGGGACGGUGAAGAUCAGGAUUGGAAGACUUGAAUUGUUUCUGGAAGUGGGAAUAGUUUUACUUGCUCUUAACUUGCUCAAACUGGAGCAGGGUCUAGGAACUUGAACCAAAAAUGUCUCUUUAUACCCCUUCCCCUUUGUUUUUCUCCAAAAGCCUUGAAUUAUGCAGACAGAACUGUGAUUUUUGGCAUGUUGGAUCAAGAUGUUUCUAUAGGAAAUACUCAUGGUGGCAACUGGGCUUGGUGGGUCAGCUUUCUGAGCCUCAGCCCUCUCCUGUUACCUGUCCUGCCCAGCACUGCACAGUUAUUCUCUAGCCUUUGAUGGUGUGUCCCCUGACCUACCUGCUUUACCCUACUGGAGUAAGGAAUCUUUUUGGAAAUCCAGAAUGUGCCCUCACAGGUGACUUCAGCCAAACUAGACAAUUUCUUCCUGUUUUUGUGCCUCCACUGCCUGUCCUGCUCUGCUUCCCCUAUCUGAAACCCCACUCUGAGGUUCUGUAGGCACCAUCCUUAAGGACUCUUUCUCUGUUCAUUUCAACCCAUGGGCAGUGCCCUGUGUUUCCAAACUGACCUUUCUCUUGCUUGAACUCUGGUUGGUAUGAGCUCCUUAAAAAGUAAGCCAUGUCAUCACAGAACUAGACAUUCAGGUGCUGCCUCUAGCCAGAGGUUAGACAGAAAACAUUCCAGGCAUGUGGACAAAGCUGAAAAUAUCCAUGUUAAAUUCUCUUAACUGAUUUUUUUUUUUUUUUACUUAUCCCAAGUUUAUUUUUGUUUAAUAUUUUUUAUUAUAAUAUUA